GUGCCGUGCGUCGCCUUGGAAACAGAGGAGCAUCCGCGGCGGGGCUAGGAGACCCGCCCCUGACGCUCCAACCACACUCGCGGGCGCUGCCGGUUAAAGGCUGAGGGGAGUCCAGAGCUGGACCUGCCGUUGGCCUCCGCCUCGACCUGAGCCCCUCGGCAAACGCCUCUGUGACUCAGGAAACCUGCAGGCACUCGCUGCUCGUGACGCCGGGAGGGCGGCGCUGACACGGACGCAACCCCGGAGGCCAGGCAGGGCAGGGAGCUUUCGCCCCGGGACGAGCCCGAGAGACGCCGGCCCCGGGACCCUAGCCGGGUCCUCGUCCCGCCGCCUCUCCCCGACGUCCCUCGAGCCUGCCUGCUCUCUCUGCCCAGGACUCGUGUCUUCACGUCGGCUGCCGACCCCUUUCGGGAGCCUCCUCUUCCCUGGGCUUCUCCCCGCCUCCUCCGGGGACACCCUUCCCCGCCCCUUCCCCACCCCGGAGCCCGGGCGGGACCAGACCCAGAGCUGCCACCGCUCGCUUCUGCCAUUCAAUGGAGGACGGUCUGCUGGAGAUCAUGACCAAGGACGGCGGCGACAUGCCGGCGCCUCUGGAGGUGUCCACUGUGCCGGCGGUGGGGGACGUGAUCUCCGGGGAGUACAACGGCGGCAUGAAGGAACUGAUGGAGCACCUGAAGGCCCAGUUGCAGGCCCUGUUUGAGGACGUGAGGGCCAUGCGGGGAGCCCUGGACGAGCAAGCUUCGCACAUCCAGGUGCUCUCGGACGACGUGUGCGCCAACCAGCGGGCCAUCGUCUCCAUGUGCCAAAUUAUGACUACGGCGCCCCGCCAGGGCGGUCUGGGCGUGGUCGGCACCAAGGGGGGGUUCCCGGGCGCCCCCCAAGAGCCAGAGAACCCUUCACCUGGGAGCGGGGACAGCGGCUUGCUGGGUCGCGAUCCCGAGGACGAGGAGGACGACAAUGACGAAGAAGAGAAGGAAGUUCCCAGCCCCGCCACACCCACCAGUCACUGUGAGCGCCCCGAGAGCCCCUGUGCUGGUCUCCUUGUGGGGGACGGGCCACUUGUGGAGCCCCUCGAUCUGCCCGACAUUACCCUGCUGCAGCUGGAGGGCGAGGCGUCCCUGUGAGGGAACCCCGCGGGGGCACCUUUCCGGGCUGGCUGUGGGUUUCCCAGUGCAUGACGCGAGGGGACUGAACUGCGCGGUGCAGCACUCCGAUGGCUGCUCUCGUGUGUCGAGCAGAGAGAGACUCCCGAGGAACGAUUUGUAGAGUGAAGGACUUUGGGAGCAUCAAGAAUUCUUUCUGCACAACCAAGCGAGAGGUAGCAAACGGCGGAAAGGUGAGGUUCCGGGAGAGGAAGCGCCCAUCUCUGGACUCCCAUCAAUCCCCCUACCCUACCCUUACCCCUCUCGGCCAACAGGAGAAUCCCUGACUUGUGUAAAUAAAAUUCUGCUUUUUCUAUUCUGAAAAAGGACUUAACUAGGACUACGGCAAAUCUCUAAAGAUUUACCUAGGAAUUAAGGAUUGGGGUAUUCUGUUCUGGCAACAGGACGUUUACCCUUCUGCUGAAACCCAAGGAAUUCAGUGCUCUGCAGAAGCUUCUCCCUCUCACAGAUCUCUGCGGCUGCUGAUUGGUAAAGAAUGCUUGAGGAGGGAACUGCAGCCCUAGGAAUCUGGGUGAAUGGGGUUCCAAGGGCCCCUGGGCUGGGAGGAGCUGGCUAUGAAUGUGCAUGAAGACCUAAUAGCUCAACCUCUAGGAUUUUGCAUGCAGAGCGGAUCCUGCCUUGUCACUGACUUCACCUGGGAUUGCUUUUCCACUCACUGGGGCUUAGAGAACAAAGAGCCCAGCUCCCAGGCAGAGACUCGGUGCUCAGCAGCAGCCCAGAUUUAGGGGACAUUUGAGGGACUCUUGGGAGCCGCAGCCAAAAGCUCUCUCUUCUGGCUACACCUGCUUAACUUCAGUUCCUUUUCCUGCCAGUAUAUCCCUGCCCGACUGCCUCUUGGUGUUGACUCCAUGAUGUCUUUGUGUGUUGUGUGUCCACUUGUGUAGUAGUGUGUGAGCCCUGAGGGGCAGGGCUUGUGGCUCUGGUGUUAGGUUCAGGGGGCUUCUAGCCCUUCUGUGAGUCCCGAGCAAUCAUGGCGCUUCCCCCUCUCCCCCCUACCCUCAUCAGGGCAUGGCGCAUGUGGCUGUCCUGAGAUUCCUUAACUGAUGUGCCUCCCUCCCCCCUCCUCAAGUGGUGACUUUGUGUGCCCUUUCCCCUCCUUUGUGUACCCCUUCUCAAUGCUUUCCUUGGUGUUAACCUUAAUAAAGAGGCGUCAUCACCCC